AUGAACGCUCGUGGAACUCGCGGUCAUGGUAUUCGUGGGUGUGGUAGAGGCCGUAGGGGGCUCGAGCUGAGUUUUCCUCUCUGGGCAAAACUUAAGGGUGUAGUAUCCUUGUUUCCUAACGAGGCAUAUCAGUGGUGGUUAUCGGUUGAGGAGGGUACUCAGCCGGAUCAUUUGAACUUGAACUUCUUUAAGACUGUUUUUUCGAGGAAGUAUGUGGGGGCGAGCUAUGUGGAUGGUCGUAGGCGUGAUUUCAUGAAUCUUACACAAUGUGAUACAUUAAUGGCUGAGUAUGAGGCCAAGUUUCUGAGAUUUAGCCACUACGCUCGAGGCAUGGUGACGUUUGAGUAUAAAAAAUGUGUUUACUUUGAGGAUGGCUUGAGGGAUAAUUUGAGAGUUCUGAUAGCUCCGCAGAGGGAGCCUAAGAAACGGGUCAGACCUGAUGGGCCAGUUAGAGUGAGGGUUCCUGUUGCUUCUACUGGGAUUCAACCAUGUAAUAAUUGUGGUAGGCGACAUCCGGGCCGAGGACAGAGAGCACCGGGCAGAGGUGCUAGUUACACUGAGGCGAGGCGGCCUGCACUGGUUUAUGUUGCUCGACACCAAGAGGAUAGAGAUGCUCCUGAUGUUAUCACCAGAACGUUUUUUAUUUUUUAUGCACCUUAUACUGCUUUGAUAGACAUAGGUUCUACACACUUUUAUAUAGCUAGUUCUAUUUCUAAAAACCUAGGAAUAUCUGUUGAGAGCAUUUCUAGUGAAAUCACUGUACUGAAUCUGUUGGGGCAGUCUGUUCGGGUUAAUAAACUUUAUAGGAAUGUUCCGUUGAAAGUGCAAGGGGUCAUAUUUCUGGCAAACCUGAUAGAGUUACCGUUUUGGGUGUUCAACUUAAUUUUAGUGAGGGAUUUUUCAGAUAUCUUUCCUAAAAAGUUACCCGGUUUACCUCUGAAUCGAGAAGUAGAGUUCAACAUUGAGCUUCUACCAGGUACAACUCCGGUGUCUAUCGCUCCAUACCGCAUGGCACCGAAGAAGCUUACAGAGUUUAAGGUUCAUGUUCUGAUACAUCUUGAAUCUAGUAAAGAGUUAGUGGUCUAUAGCGAUGUAUCGCACGUCAGUUUGGAAUGUGUACUGAUGCAAGAUGGUAAGGUCGUGCCUUAUGCGUCCCAACAACUUAAGACUCAUGAAAGGAAUUAUCUGACACAUAAUUUCAAGUUGGCUGCUAUAGUUUUUGCAUCGAAGAUCUGGAGGCAUUAUCUGUACGGUGAGAGGUGUACCAUCUACAUUGAUCAAAAGAGUCUCAAGUACCUCAUUACUCAAAAGGAGUUUAAUCUUAGACAGCGUCGAUGGAUUGAGUUACUCAAAGAUUAUGACUGCACGAUAGAGUAUAAUCCUGGUAAGGCCAAUGUGGUGGCCGAUACUCUCAGUCGAAGAGCGAUGACUGAUUUGAGGGCGAUGUUCGCUCGUCUUAGUCUGUUUGAUGAUGGGGGUCUGUCAACCGAAUUGCAAUGGUCAGGGUUGAAACGUGAAGUUACGAAUUUCAUUGCUCGUUGUUUGACGUGUCAGCAAGUUAAGGUUGAGCACCAGUUGCCUUCGGGUUUGCUACAACCCGUUAAUAUUCCCUUAUGGAAAUGGGAACAAGUGAUGAUGAACUUCGUUAGUGGGUUGCCUUUGACACCCACUAAAAAGGAUUCUGUUUGGGUCAUCGUGGAUCGAUUGACCAAAUGGGAGGAUUUUUUGCCGCUAGCUGAGUUCACUUACAAUAACAGUUUCCAGUCUAGUAUCCAAAUGCCACCAUACAAAACUUUGUAUGGUCGUGUGUGUCGUACUCUGCUAUGUUGGACUGAGUUGGGUGAUCAUCGGGUUUUGGGUUCUAAGUUGGUUUUUGAGGCUGAAGAUAAGAAGAAAGUUUUGAGAUUCGAUCGUAAGGGCAAGUUGAACCCUAGGUUUGUUGGGCCGUAUCGAAUUCUAAAGCAUGUGGGACCGCUUGCUUAUCAGUUGGAGUUACCUCUGGAGUUGGACUGUAUCCACAAUGUGUUUUACGUCUUGAUGUUGAGGCGGUAUCGGUCUGAUCCAUCUCACGUUGUCUCUGUUGAGGAGAUCGAGGUUAGACCCGAUUUGACUUUUGAGAAAGCGCCGGUUCAAAUUCUAGAUCGUGAUAUUAAGAAUCUGAGAAGGAAGUUCAUCCUUUUGGUCCACAGACUUAGGCGGAUUGUUGCAACGGAGACUCUGCGGUGA